AUUUAGUGCAAAGCGUGUGUGUAUGUCCGAUCAUUCGCGCGGUGCUUGCUUGUUUUUGAAUUUCUUUAAAAGGUGGGGAAAUAUCAUAUAUAGUGAAAUAACUAGUUUCGGUCAUUACGUAAGAAUAACGCCCUUGAAGGCAUUAUUAUAACUCGACACAAAAUGGAUAAGAGUGGGAGACAGCUUGAGGAUGGCAACAAGGUGAAUGGCACCAAUAACGAACAGUCAGUUGUGCAGGCCACGUACAAGAAGUUGCCUGAGGAAGAUACAAACUGGCAACAACAACAACAACAACAGCAGGAGGAGGAGCAACAACAGCAGCAGGCAAAAGACGAGAGGGAAACUGAAGAUCAAAUCCCGGACAUUGACACAAUGGUCAAACAAAACGGUACCGAACCCGAAAUUGAAGAUGAAGCUAAAGAACGAAUGCUUCAGGAUAAUGUUAAAUUAUCACCGAAAAAGGAUAAUAUCGAGGUGAAAUACAUCUCGGAGAAUGGAGAUGCAAAAAUUGAUCUUGGCACAGUUAAAGAAGUAUUAUCGGGAAUGGGUAAAGAGGAAUUGAUGAAAUUUGCAAAUGAUCCAUUUUGGAUUCGAUUGCGUUGGUUUUUAUUUAUUGCAUUUUGGGUAUUGUGGGCGGCAAUGUUGGCCGGUGCAGUUGCAAUUAUUGUUAUUGCACCAAAAUGUAAUUCACCAGAACCAUUAAAAUGGUGGCAAGAGAGUCCAAUUAUUCAUAUUGAUGAUUUUGAUACAACAACGCAUAAAUUAAAGGAUAUGCAGGGACUAAUUUAUCCAUUGGAGAAUCUUAAUCUCAAAACAAUUUCACUUGGCUCAAUUCUUGAGACAGAUGAAGAUGGUCAAACGACAAAUUUCCGUGGCAUAAGAAGUAAAUUAGGAACAAUUGAUGAAUUAAAAUUGUUCAUUGAAGCCGCGGAAUCAAAAGGAAAACAUGUUAUUCUUGAACUUGAUCCAAAUCAUUCGUCUGUGGAGCACAAGUGGUUCAAGGAAUCAAUUGCAAGAAAUGGAAAUUACAGCGAUUAUUAUAUUUGGGCAAGUCCUAAAAAUGAAAAUGGCGUUCGAAGUCCUCCAAAUAAUUGGUUAAGUAUCUAUGGCGAUUCUGCGUGGGAGUGGAAUGAAGAAAGGAAACAGUAUUAUCUUCAUCAAUUUGGUAGAAAUCAACCUGAUCUCAAUUUUCAUAAUUCUGCUGUUGUUAAAGAAUUUGAGGAAAUUCUCAAAUAUUGGUUAGAAUUGGGCUUUAGUGGAUUUAGACUUGGUAAUACACAAUUUUUAACUGAAGAUCCAAAUCUAUUAGAUGAAGAAGGUCCAAAAGGCAUUCUUGGCACUUAUGAUUCAAUAAAUCAUAUAAAAACAAGAGAACGUAUUGAAAAUGGAAUAAUUUUACGUAAAUGGCGUAAUAUUGUUCUCAAUAUGACAAACGGAGAGGGUCUGUUUACAUUGCGUGAUGACAUAAGUCCAGAUGUUUUGCAAGUAUUCAAUGAUCAUGUAACAAGCGGUGUGCUGAUUGAUUUGCCACAAAGUUCACAAUUUUUAACAACAGCAAAUAUUGAUCUUUCAGCAACAACAUUGCAUUCAAAUAUUUCGAAAAUUCUUCAAAUGUCCGAAUGGCCAGCAUGGGAUAUUAAUGGAAAACUUCAGCCAUUAAGAUCGCGCGUUAAAGAACCAGUUGCUGAGAGUUUAACAUUAAUGGUAUUACUUUUGCCAGGAACGCCAAUUUUCAAAUACAAGGAUGUAAUUUCAAUUCGAGAACAAUUCGAUGAGGUGUCGAAAAAACGUGAAACAGAAGGUUUUAAAUAUGGUGAAACGAAAACUUACGUUAUUAAUAAUACCGAAGUUUUCGCUUACACGAGGCUAAAGAGCGGAAGUCCCGGUUAUUUAGUGGCUUACAAUAGUGAAAAUAAAAUGAGAUUAGUUGAUUUCACGUCCAUUUCCGAUAUUGGAAAUGAAGUCAAAGUGAUUGUCAGGAGUCCAAAUUCCGCGGAAGGCGGAAUAGACACAACAAUCACAAAAUUGAACGCAAAUGCAGUUCCAAUGGCUCCGAAGAGCACAAUAGUCGUCAGUUUUGUUUCUCCAGAAGCAACGGCUUAAGUCUGAAAAAAAACACAAACACAUACACACACACAAAAAAAAAAAGACAGGAUAAAAAAAAACAACCAAGAGACAAUAAAAACGAAAACUCAUCAAACCAAAUAAAAAAAUUUUUAGAAUUAAUCGUGUUUUAAAAAAACGCAUAAAAACCUAUUUAUUGCAUUUAUCUUUUUUACUUAAUGAUCAUAUUUUGAUAUUAUAUCUGUGAAUCUUCUUUUUUUUUUUUUAUUCACAUUUUUUAAAAACCUAUGUGAAUAAAUUGUAAAUUUAUUAAUCUCGUCUUCUCGUUAUACAAUGUUGAGAAAAAGAAAAAAAAAUGUAUUAAAGGGCAUUAUAAAUUA